CCUCUCCCGGGUUCUAACUUCGACCCUGCAGGCAGCAGCUGUUCCGCCGCGCGCUCUGCCUCUGCCCCUUUAAAUCCUCGCCGAGGGAGGGAGGGAAGGCAGGCCGCCCUCUUUUCCCCGCCUCCCUCCCCUCCCACUCGCCAGGCCCGGCGCGUGAGGCGAGCUCGCGCUACAGCGCAGGCGGAGUAACGACCGAGAGCGGCUGUUGCUUGUGGCGGCGGCGGCGGCGGCGGCGAAGGAGGAAGCGGGACGCGGCGGAGUUGGAGCGAAGAAGAACGGUCGGACUGACGAGACGAGAGGAGGAAGGAGGGGGAGAGAAAGUGCCUUCGUCGCCGCCCUCGCGACAUUGCCCCGAGCUACUUUUGCGUUGGCAUUUCUAUCUAUUUAAAACCCCCUCGCUUGUUUGUUUAUUUCCCCUGGCGGCCGCGAAUGUUGUAUUGGCCGAGCCCUGCGCCAAGAGGAGACGGGUCCCUCCCCUGCCGUAACCAGGGCCAGGCAGACAAGGGCACGCGGGCCUUGCAGCAGCAGCAGCAACAACAGCGGCGGCGGCGGCGGCAGCCCAGCCUCUCAGUGCCUUGGAGCGAAGAGGAGGAGGAGGAGGUAGCAGGAGAAGAAGGGGCCGCCUUCUUCCCGGAACCAGCCGCGGCGGCGGUCCUGCUGCUGGAGGGCCGUCAGCAGUAACGCAGGCAGCAAUUGUUGCUGUGUGUCAAGUUAUUGGUGUGGAUUUUAUAAUACAAAAAUUCAUGGACAAAGGAGCUGCUCACCAUGUAGAAAUAAAGCCUGUCUUUUCAAAGAGUUCAGUAACUGGAUCCUGGCUUCUCAGUCAUCAUCUUUACCGAAUAUCCUCUCCUUUGUGUUGUGCCUGCUGCUGUUCAGAGCCAAUUUAAUAUAAAGCUGAAUUUGCUCAGUGGCUUGCAUUUGUGGUAGAAUUGAUCUCUGCCAAGAAAACAUUAAACGUUGGAGGGGGGGAAUAAUCAAAAGCAGUUGGCGUCUAAAAGAUGUGCCAUGGAAUGGUAUCAACAACAAGCACCACCACAUCGCUGCUUACCUUGAUCAGUCAUGGGAUAUUUUUUCCAUUGGCUCUCUUCAGUACCCUCACGGUGGAAGGACUCGACUCAGUUUGUCCACAGCCACCCGAGCCUGAGAAUGGAGGCUACAUAUGCCACCCAUCCCCCUGCAAAGAGCCAUUGACAUCUGACAGUGUCAUAGAGUAUUUAUGUGAGGAAGGCUAUCUGCUGAAGGGAGACUACAAAUAUUUGACUUGCAAGAAUGGAAAGUGGAACCCAGACAUGCAAGUUACCUGUAGGCUCAGCCAAGAUAAAGGUUCGCCUCCAAGUGUAGGAGUGCCCACCCUAUCCAUAGUGGCUUCCACGGCAAGCUCUGUAGCUCUCAUCCUCCUCUUAGUUGUGUUGUUUGUUUUGCUGCAGCCAAAGCUGAAGUCCUUUCAUCACAGCAGGCGUGAUCAAGGCGUUUCUGGGGACCAGGUUUCCAUCGUGGUGGAUGGAGUCCAGGUGGCUCUGCCAUCCUAUGAAGAAGCUGUCUACGGCAGUGCUGGGAACUGCAUACCUCCUUCGGAUUCACGGGUACAGAUUGUCCUUUCAGAGGGAGCUGGGCAAAGUGGAGCGAGGGAGAUGCAGCAGCCACCAGACCAAGUGGGUCACAACUGCUUUGCUGGGGAGGAUGAAAUCCCUGGACGCUCUGGACUGUGUGAAGCUAGCAGCUCUCACCACUCGGAGGCUGUUCUAGUUCAUCAGGCGACCACUUCCUCUUGGGUUGCUGGUGCAUCUUGUAGCAGACCUGGGCACAAAGAAGCUCCAGACUCAGAAAGCAGUGAUGUGCAAAGCCUUCUAUCACUUGCUUCCUCAGAAGAAUACACUGAUGAUAUUCCAUUGUUGAAAGAAGCAUGAGGCUUGCUGCAUUUGUCUAGCCUUUUCUCUCCAUUUUCCUUCUUCCGGGAUGGUGAGCACUCCUCGCAGACUUUCCCCACUCUCAUGCGCUGUGCCCUGAAUACCUCCAGACACAUACCCCAUAGCUGAAGAUCCAAAGGAUGCCGCCAGGAUGCCUCGUUGAUGCAUCAGUGGGGUGUACAGGGUGCCAGCUGUUUCUCCCCACAUUUUAUCUACAUUAAGGGGGGGCUUCAGUGACGUCAGUGGACUUUAGCUCCUCAUACCUCUCCCCUUCCCCACCAAAUGUUUGAGUGUGGUCUCUGGAGAGCUGCUAUUUACUUGUGCCUUGCUCCUUCUCACACUGGCUUGUUGCAGCUUCUCGUGGGCUUUACUAGCUUCUGGAUUUCUGCUCAGAAAGUAGGGCCAAGAAACAACAACCAAGCUUGCUUUGCUGGGUGCAGAGAGUUUCCUUCCAUUUAUUCACUGUCUUAUGAAGGCAAGUCAGAACACCUGUGGAUGGGCUGUGAGGAGGGGUGGGUCAGAGUCCAGUUGUAGUGACAUACGCAUACUGCAGGUCUCAGAGUUUUCAACAACAUAGACUACUUAACGUAGCUGCACUUGGAACUUGGGCAGUGUUGGCUAUGUUAAAGGCCACUGCAACUUGCCAACCUUUCUUUUUUCUUUUUCUUUUAAAGAAAAAGAAGAACAUUAAUGGCAAGCUUAGGCUGCUACUUGCUUUUCUUUGUUUCCCAAAGAGAGGGAGAAAGUGAACACUUGCUGGGGUGAAGUGUCUGUACCUCUGCAAGCUUCCAUUUAAACAAAACAAAACAAAACUGUCUCCCCUCUACCUUUGUUCAUCAAGGACGAGUCUCUAAACUUGGUGUGAGCUGAAGUCUAGGGCUGUCUUGAGACAAACAGCUUAGAGCAAUUCAGUCUAUGGCCAGAUUUAAGGGCACUUGCAUUGAGAAGCCCACAUGGAAAAUGACUGCCCUCUUCCUAGAACAGCCAGCCUGCCAGCAAUACGACAGCUGUACCAUAGUUGAUCCAAAGCCUUUCAUCUUGGAGUGUGUUGAGCUCGUUUUCUGUGGAAUGACUGUAGGAUGUCAGUGUGUGUGCACAUUGUGCUGUUCCCCAAGUAGGGUUCAUCGCCUAUGCCUUUACUUUGACCCACCUUAAUGAGAGAGCAAUUUUGGCCUCACCACUUUAUUUUUGUUGCUGUUGUUGGGUCCCAUCCUUGCAAAAGCAAUGCCAGGGCUUUUAUUGUUUAGCCUACAUUGCUUAUGUCUUCCUCCUGGUUCUGUUAGAAACUAGUCAUUGGAAAAUGGAUCACCAUUAGCAAGUACCUAGCUUUUUGUAUCAGGCAUGUCCUAUUUGCCUUGAAUGAAUAACAGUGAUAGUCUGCCUUAAAACAAAAUAGAAUGGAAAGAGCCAUGCUGCUGUCUUUACCCUUUUGGAAGAUCCCUUGCCCCAGUUUCUUCCUCUACCCACUCCCAUUGCACACUGCUUCUUUCUAUGCAGGGAAUAUGUUCGCUUACCUCCACCUCUUUCCAUAUAAAUAUACUUACUGCUCUUCUUUAUCUAGCCCUCUGUGGUCAGUGCAUUGCAGUUUGAUGACAUCAUGGAAGUAUAAAUUCCCAGAUUUUCUCCAGUGAGCCUUCCUCAAUCGAACAAUUCUGUGACCUUUCCUAAAGAUUCCUAAAACAAAAGUGGAAUGGCUUGGUUGCCAGUUCUCACACUUGCCCCUGUCUUAAAGCCAGGGUGAGCACACAGAACCACAGUGUGCUUUAAAAUAUCAAGGGAAGUAGAAAGCCCAUCCUUUGAAAAAUGGAAGUGGCAGAGGUCAACCCCGUUUACUAUCAUAACAAUGCACUGAUGUGGGAGACAGCUGUGGGAAAAGGCAACACUUUGCCUCCCCCCCCCCCAACCUGCCUACCACCAAAAAAUCUGAAUGGGAAGCAGCACGAUUCCCUGGGCCACUGUCCGUGUUCUCCAGCAUUAGAUGGGCAUUGCACACUCCACUGUCCGUGUUCUCCAGCAUUAGAUGGGCAUUGCACACUGCACAUUCCACACAAAAGCACACAGUUUGGUAUUGAAUAUAGAGCCAAGCAAUUCAGAUAAUUACAGGUUGCAGCUUUAAUUCAAAGCUGUUUAGCUCCUUUGUGAAAAUUGCCUUGCAAAUCUGUGGGUGAUGUAUCUGAUUGAAAUCAGACCAUCGUCUUUUCAUCACUGGCUUAUUUGUAUGCUGCUUUCUCACAGGAUUUUACUCAGAUUGGUUCACAAUAUAUCUAGGGACUGGCAACCGCAAUUAAAAGAACAUAAGAAAAAAUAAUUAUAAUGACAAUUAGAAAAACACAUCAUUAAAAAAUCAAUAUGUACAAUGCUGUGGAAAACAAUCUACAUGUGCUAAUGUAACAGUUUAAAAUUAAGCAGAAGAGAGAAUAAAGUCUCAGGGCUCUGCAUAGUUCCUCACACUUCAUCCUGAUUAGCAGAAGCAAACUAAAUUGCCCAAGAGUAAUCCAAUGGAUGGCAAUUAGUUUGCUUUUCAUAAUGUAUACAGGCCACAGAAAUGUGGAUUGCCUUGAUGCCCAAUAUUGACUGUUAUCACAGAAUACAUAUAUGGCCCUAACCUUAGGCUUUCCCAGCUUGCUCUUUGAGACUCCCAGUUGUAGAGCAGGCUCUCACCUUGUUCAGAGAGUGCUUCUCUUCUUCAGUGUGGUGUUUAGAUCAGCCUUCACUAACUGGAUGCCCUCCAGAUGAUUUGGAGUACAGUUCCCAUCAGCCCCAAACAACAUAGCCAGGCUGUGGCUUAGAUUCCUCUGCUCUUUAUAAAAGAAAGCCCCCCCCCCCCCCGGCCAACUACCCUGCCUGAUAUAUUUGGGACGUUGUUGCAUGGGGAGGUUAUAUCAGCAAUUAAAGAGCACCAUUUAUGCAGAAGGAUUUAGAUGUGCCCAUAUCUAUCAUCUUAAGUUGCACUGACAGAACUCGUGCUAAAUAUUUUGGACAGUGUGAAAGAGUGGCAGAAAUUUGGGUGACGCCUAGCCCAAAGAAAAGUAUUCAGUUUCUUCCUUUUUUAAAACAAUAGAAUGAAGAAAUAACACCACUCUUAAUUUCCAUCCCCCAUUCACCUGUGGAUGGUUCGUAUUUAUUGGGCAGAUACAUGAAGAGUCAGAUAUCAAGUUGGGUCUUAAUUCUGGAAUAGGCAUUUCACCUGAGUAAUUUAAAUGAGGGACACAAAAGAACUUUAUGGUCAAAAUCUUAUGGGAGACAACAGAAGAGCAGUUUUUCUCUUUCAUAAAAUUUGUUUUUUGAGAAAUGAAAUACAAAUGUUACGGUCUUCAGGCUAAGAAUGUAGGUUUCCCCCCCUUUUUAAAGAUUUUCUAUUCUCAGGUUCUUAAAUACAAAUUUAUGAAGCGCAAGAAUAGCAAUAGCUAUUAUCUAUAAUGCUCAGGGCAUCUAUUCUAAUGCUCAGGCUGGAAAUGAAGGAGGUCCUCUGUUUUAAAACCAUGACACAUUUUUAAAGAAUUCUGAGACAUCAGUUGAAACAACCACUAGCCCAAUGCUGUGUGGCUGUUAGGUGCCUAAUAAGUCAAACUAACUUAAUUAACUUCUUCCAGACUUGUGUACAGAAUGCCAGAUGCUGCAAGGACACACUUUGUGCCUGGCAAGAAUAAAACUCACCUAAGGUUGUAUUUGUCUGCUUUUGAAAAUUGUAGGCAUCUAGAAUUUGAUUCUGCAGGCUCACCUUGCCCUUUGAAUGCUGGAACAUAACACCUUUGAUAAACGCGUGGUUCCCAUGCCACGUCACCCUCCAUUUAUUUAGAAUAUUGGUUGAUCGUCUGAAACUGCCUUAUACUGAGUUAAUGCUGGUCCAGAAAAGCCUACUCUGACUGGCAGAGGUCUUUCCUAGCUGAAGUGGGGUGUGUGUGUGUGUGUGUGUGUGUGUGUGUGAAGAUCUGAGGAAUUGAAUGUGGGACCUCUUGUGUACACUGCAUGUACUCUACCACUGAGCAAUAGCUCUUCCCUUAUACUUCCAUGCACCUAGUGCUAAAAGCAAGAUAACACUUGUUUAAACUAAAUUGCAGCGCUUCUCCAGUGGUUAGAUACAUACUGUGGUAUGCAUCCAGUUUAUGUAUGGCACAUACAGCAAGUGUCUCUUAAAACAGCUGCUGCUGACAUUGGAGACCUUCUGGAGAGAGGGCAGGAGUCCAGAUAGUCUGUUUGAGGUAUGAUGAGGCCCAUUAACUACCAAUGACCCAAGAAGCUUUAGCAUUUACAGGAAGCCUGAUGUCCUUGCCAUGGUGUCACUCCUCUUGUAGGAAAAUCUGAAACCUGAGAGCCCGUGCAAGUUGCGGCAAAUAAGAUUACCAUUUAGGUUGCAAUGCCAUACACAUUUACCUGGAAGUAAGUCCCACUUAGUGAGGCCUACUUUUAAGCAAGCACUUGUAGGAUUCUGCAUUCAGGUUUCUCAAGUGCUUAGCUUUGAAACUUACUCUCACAUAAAAUACUGGUAAGUUGGAGCAAGGGGUGAAGUAAGACAUUGGAUUGGCUUUCCAUUUUAAUGGCAUGAAUACAGUAGGCUUUGGUGCACCCUACAGAUUGGGGAAAAAACAGGCAGGACAAUGGAUGAAGGGGAACUGGAGGGGCUGGACACUUGGGUGCAGGCUUCUCUUGCAUCAACUCUUUUCUAGGGCCACUUCUGGUACACACUUUUCUCACUGGAGCGCUUUUGUAUGAUAUUUCCUUGCAGCAUUUUUAGGCAGAGUGUUAAAUGUAUGCUACUAACUCUGAGAGAGAGAAGGGUGCCACCCAGCUCCUCAUUGCCUUUUAGAAGUAAGUGGAGAUGGAAAGGGCUUCUUUGUACACUCCAUACUUAAUCUUUACCACUUUCUCGUUGAGAGAUUUUCUUUUGGAUACCACAGGAGCUGCCAGGGGCUUUUUGCACAUGAGAAUGCAUACUCAUGUCUACCAAAUAAAUGAGUAAAUACCACAGUAGUUGGCUUCUGUGGCGCAUCUGGAGAGCAUUUCCAAAAUCAAGAUGCUCGUGGUACCUGCACUAGGGUAAUAUAGCAUAUGCACAACUGAAACUGCUAGUGUACUGUUUCUUAAUCCUUGUGAGGAAGCCUGUGACAUCCUUGACCAACUUGCUGCCCACCAGAGGUUUCUUACUACAGUGUUUUCAGAUGGUGUAAGCAGUACUGGAUGCAUUGUAUUACAGCUCUACCAUCAUUUCCAAAUAUGAUCCACCUAGACACAUUGUUCAGAAAAACAAAUUUGGCCGCGAGUUAAGAUCAGUUCACUAUUUGCACGUCUAUGGAGUGACUACUGCCUAGUGUCUGUAAACAAGUCAAUACGUGCAUUUCUGUCACACUUUAUUAUUGGUAUGGGGAAAACCUGUGGACCUCCAGAUGUUGUGGGACUACACCUCCAAUUAUCCCUGACCAUUAUUCAUCCUGGUUGGGGCUGAUGAGUGUUCCCACCCCUGCAUCUACAAUAGAUGUUGUGCCCACAGCAGAAAGAACUGCUGUUCUGAUGUGUGAAUCAACCCUCUGUUUCCCUUAUUGCUUUUAUAGUAGCGUAGUGAGCAUACAAACAAGGGAUUGAGUAUGGUGGGGGUUUUUUUGUAGGACACCUUCCAUUGGCUCGAUUCAUCUUAGGUAGUAUCCUAUGGAGAUAUCUCUCUCUCUCUCUCUCUCUCUCUCUCUCUCUCUCUCUCUCUCUCUCUCUCUCUCUCUCUCUCAUAUGCUUCAGUCCUGGGCUUCUUUCCUGCAGAUUUUUUAAAAAUUGCUUUUGGAGUUGACCACCUCUGUCACUUUAUUAAGAUUUCAACGCUUGCACCAGAGGAGAUGUGUGUUGAAUGGUGAACACUUCUAUGUUAAUAUAUAACUUGAGAUACUGGCUUCUGCUAAUAAUGGUUGUCCAUUUCUACUGGAGAUAGCACUGCUGCAUUUGCUUUUACAUGGAAGCUCACACAGUUCAGACCAAAUGUUCCAUCAGAACAAGCACUUGCACACUUUCUGUUACCCAGUGGGCAGGCUGCAGGUAGUUGGAGAUGCAAACACACAGGGAGAACCUGGUUGCCUUCAGUGCUUUUUAUUUGUUUGUAAUCUGAGUUGCACCACUAUGAAAUUAUUUGCAGAAUGGUACUCGUAUAUAUGUGGGAUUUAAAAAUACCAUAACGCUGUGCAGGAUGUCAAUCAGUUUUUAUUUUGCUUUAUUUUAUAUAUAUAUAUAUUUCUGGUAUCCUGUACAUUGAAGUGGGUGUGAAGAUAGUAUUUUAAUAUUUGUACAAAGUUUAAUUUAAUUUCAAUUAUUCUAUGUAUAUAACUGCAUUUCUAAAUUAAAAAAAAUCUUUUGAAGUUAAUUGCUUGAGGGUCUUUUUUUGUCUGUACAAGAAGUAUUUUGAUGUGAUCCUGCUUCCUUCCUUCCAGAUACCAUACAGCUGAAUAAUGGCCCGUUUAUCAAGUUCAUAGAACAGAAGGCUCAUCAAUUUGGAAAGCAAAUUUCUCUGCUGGCAGAGAAAUUACUGGCAUGCCUCCUUCAUAGAAUCAGAGAAUUGUAGAGUUGGAAGGGACCACAAUAGUCAUCUAGUCAAACCACCUGCAAUGCAGGAAUCUUUUGCCCAAUGUGGGGCUCGAACCCAUAACUCUGAGAUUAAGAGUCUCAUGCUGUACCGAAUGAGCUAUUUCAGCAGCUGUUCAGCAACUGGCUCAGCUGGGCAGAGGGACACCCCCAUUCAAUCUCUAACCCCUUCCAUCCAAACAGCCCAGCAUAAGUGCUGUUUGGAUUACUCUGUUACUAAGGAUCUUUUGUGUUUCUCCAGGCUGGCAUUUUUCUUAUAUGGCAAGCUUGAGGCAAAGUAUUUCCAUUUUGGGAGACAUGGUGCAGUUUAAACAAAAAAACAAAACAAAAAAACAACCCAACCAACAUCUGAAUAGUCAAAAGUGGUCAAAAAAACCACUCAAGAUCCUCACCAGUUCAUCCUGCAAGUUCCAAUUUUGUCUGAAACAGCCCCACUUUGGUUUGGUAGUCAUCAGUCUCUCUUUUUUACACCCAUGCUACUUGGUGAUAGUUUAAAAACUGAUUGUUCUUUUCAUUUUGGUGGAGAGUGAGUGGCCACGGGUGAGAAGCCAGAUGGCUGAGAACUGAGCUGUGAAAGGACACUCAGGUUUGGAGGGACCUAAACAAGAAAGUUCAGGAACUAGCCGGGGUGUCCACUUUAUUUGCUGAGAGGCAGAGAUAAGGAAAAAGGAAAGGACCCCUGCUAGGCCUUUUCUGAGAGGGAAAGGAAAGAAUUAAAUUCACACGCUACUCAAGCUGAGAUUUCCUGUGUACUUGUGGUUAAUAAAGUCAAAGAUUUAGUCUUACAAAACAUUAGUGUUUACU